AUGGCGGCAACUUUCGGCGGAUACGAAGUAACAGCGCUAGUCCUUGAUGUCGGUACUGCCUGGACACGUGCCGGUUAUGCAGGUGAAGACUGUCCGAAAGCUGUGUUUCCCACUCAUUAUGGAUAUCUUCCCGAGGAAGAGAGUGAAGAUAAAGCCAGUGAUAAUCAGGCCGCUGAUACCGAUGUCAGCAAUAUAAAAAAACCAAAAGGAAAAUAUUAUAUUGGAGAUGGAGAGAUAAACCUGUGGCGGCCCAAUAUGGAGGUUAAAAAUCCACUUAAUGACGGGUUAGUUGAAGACUGGGACGCCCUAGAGCAAAUCUGGGAUUCUGCUCUGAAAUCGCGACUUCACGUUGAUCCGCGAGAACAUCCAUUACUAGUGACCGAGGUUGCGUGGAAUACUCGAGAACAUAGAGAGAAACUUAUUGAACUUGCAUUCGAGAAAUAUGAAACGCCGGCUUUCUAUCUUGCUAAGAAUCCGGUGCUCACUGCAUACGCAUCUGGCCGUCCGACUGCUAUGAUUCUAGAUUGCGGAGCUGCUGUGACUAGUGUUACCCCAGUUUAUGAUGGUUUCGUCCUUAAGAAAGGCAUCAUAAAGCAACCAAUUGCUGGAGAUUUUAUUAAUGAGCAGAUUAGGCUGCAAUUCGAACAACUUAAUCUGAGCCCGGUUCCGCAGUAUAUGGUGGAGAAGAAGAAUUAUGUUGACCCUGAUCUGCCGGCAAACGCUAUUUUAAGAAAUCGUCCCAAUACAACUGCGAGUUUUCACAAGUACAUGCUGACGAAAGUAAUUCAUGAAUACAAAGAAUCGGUGUGUCAACUAUACGAGUCUAACUAUAACGAACAGAUUAUUUCCUCCCGUCCGAUGAAAACAUUCGAGUUUCCAGACGGUUAUAACACUUCCUUUGGCACGAUACGAUUCCGAGCACCCGAAAUUCUGUUCCAACCGUCAUCUGAAUUUAUAAUACCGUCCCCAGAACCUACAGUAGACACAUCGGCAUGCGUUGGUAUUCAACACAUGAUAUUCAACAGUCUCGUGACUUGCGACAUAGACGCUCGGCCGGCGAUGAUGAGCAAUCUCAUUGUCACUGGAGGAAGUACGUUAUUCCCGGGUUUCGUGGAUAGGUUAUAUCACGAAGUGGCGCCGAAAGUACCUGGGAUGAAAGUAAGAAUACAUGCUCCGGGUAAUAUCAUGGAACGAAAAUGCAGUUCAUGGUUGGGUGGAUCUAUUCUUGCUUCCCUUGGUACAUUCCAUCAACUAUGGAUAUCACGCAAGGAGUAUCAGGAACAUGGAAAAAUCAUCGUAGAGAAGAAGUGUGAUUAA